GGAGGCAGAAGGCAGCGAUACUGCCGCGGACCUGGUUACGGCCAGGAUGUUGUUCAGCGGGUUGCAAGUCAAGGCGUCGUCCCAGCAGGCCGGACCGCGUCACACCAUAGAUGCGAUACUAGGGCUGAGCGCUCAGUCUUCGGGGGGAGCUGAGUCCAGCGGGGAAAACAGCAACUCCAACGACGGUCUGUCAGAUGUCAGGUGCCAGCACCACGACAAGAGUUGCAGUGAGGACGAAGCCGCGAGCCCCGGAGUACCCACGAGCAUGUCCACAGCCACCGGCGAGGGUGGCGGGGGCUCCAGUGCGAGCGACGCAAGUAAGAAAAAACACAGGCGGAACCGCACAACGUUCACGACAUACCAACUGCACGAGCUGGAAAGAGCCUUCGAGAAGUCGCACUAUCCAGACGUUUACAGCCGUGAGGAGCUCGCCAUGAAGGUGAACCUGCCCGAGGUGCGCGUACAGGUAUGGUUCCAGAAUCGACGUGCCAAAUGGCGACGUCAGGAGAAGAUGGAGGCAGCGCGUCUAGGGCUGAACGACUAUCACUCCGUAGGGUCCCUGGGCCGCGCCGCAGGGUCCAGCUUGGCACUGCCCGUAGAUCCGUGGCUCGCUCCGCCACUCAUCAGCGCAUUACCCGGCUUCCUAUCGCACCCUCAGACGGGCUAUCCCAGCUACCUCACGCCACCCAUCGUGCCCACGACCGACUCAACGCCUAGCGUCGCCCCUAACACCACCAAGCUGCCGCCCGUCAGUUCGCCGUCGUCACAUGACCCUCGAAGUCACUCCAUUGCCGCUCUGAGGCUCAAGGCGAAGGAACACGUCGAAUCCAUAGCCAAGGGACUGCAGAUGGUGUAAUAUGCGCGCGAACUU